AGCUGCCAUGACAGAGCCAGAGUCUUCUCGAUCUAGACCAGAAGGGGCCUAUGAUGUCUUCUUGAGUUUUAGAGGAGAAGACACUCGCAAGACAUUUACUGAUCAUCUAUAUGCUGCCUUAGAUCAAGCAGGAAUCCACACUUUUCGAGAUGAUGAUGAACUUCCUAGAGGAGAAGAAAUCUCCGAGCAUCUCCUCAGGGCAAUUCAAGAAUCAAAGAUAUCCAUAGUUGUCUUCUCAAAAGGAUAUGCUUCUUCUAGAUGGUGUCUCAAUGAACUUGUAGAGAUUCUUAAGUGCAAAAAUAGGAAACCCGGUCAGAUUGUUCUUCCUAUAUUCUAUGACAUUGAUCCUUCAUAUGUGAGGAAACAGAAUGGCAGUUUUGCAGAAGCAUUUGUUAAACAUGAAGAGCAUUUUGAAGAGAAGUUGGUGAAGGAGUGGAGAAAAGCUCUUGAGGAGGCUGGAAAUCUAUCUGGAUGGAAUCUCAAUCAUAUGGCAGAUGGGCAUGAAGCAAAAUUUAUCAAAGAGAUUAUCAAGGAAGUGUUGAAUAAAUUAGAUCCCAAGUACUUGUAUGUUCCUGAGCACCUAGUAGGUAUGGAUCGGCUUUCUCGCAAUAUUUUUUACUUUCUAAGUACUGCAACAGAUGAUGUACGCAUUGUGGGCAUACAUGGGAUGCCAGGAAUAGGAAAGACGACUAUAGCACAAGUUGUAUUUAAUCAACUCUGCGAUGGAUUCGAGGGAAGCUGUUUUCUCUCGGAUAUAAAUGAAAGAUCAAAACAAUUCAAUGGUCUGGCUCUUUUACAAAAGCAACUUCUUCAUGAUAUUUUAAAACAAGAUGUUGCUAACAUCAAUUGUGUCGAUAGAGGAAAGGUUCUGGUCAAAGAGCGACUUCGUCGCAAAAGAGUUCUUCUUGUUGCUGAUGAUGUGGCUCAUCUGGACCAGCGAAAAGCUUUGAUGGGAGAUCGAAGUUGGUUUGGUCCUGGAAGUAGAGUAAUUAUCACAACAAGAGAUUCAAGUUUACUUCGUGAAGCAGAUCAAAGAUAUCAGAUCAAAGAACUGGAACCAGAUGAGGCCCUUCAGCUUUUCAGCUGGCAUGCCUUUAAGGACACCAAGCCAACAGAAGAUUAUAUUGAUCUUUCGAAGGAUGUAGUUGAUUACUGUGGGGGACUUCCUUUGGCUCUUCAGGUUAUGGGUGCUUGUCUGUCCGGGAAAAACAGAGACGGUUGGAAAUCUGUAAUUGACAAGCUGAGAAGAAUUCCAAACCACGAUAUUCAAGGAAAGCUUAUGAUAAGUUUUGACGCACUGGACGGUGAAGAACUACGAAAUGCAUUCCUUGAUAUCGCUUGCUUCUUUAUUGAUAGAAAGAAGGAGUAUGUCGCAAAAGUGCUAGGAGCCCGUUGCGGUUACAAUCCAGAAGUUGAUUUGGAAACUCUCCACGAAAGGUCUCUGAUUAAAGUAUUGGGAGAGACGGUAACCAUGCAUGAUCUAUUACGAGACAUGGGAAGGGAGAUCGUUCGUGAAUCGUCUCCAAAAGAACCUGGAAAGAGGACCAGAAUUUGGAAUCAAGAGGAUGCAUGGAAUGUGCUUGAGCAGCAGAAGGGUACGGAAGUUGUAGAGGGUCUUAAACUGGAUGUCAGAGCAUCAGAAGCUAAAUCACUGAGCACAGGAUCAUUUGCAAAUAUGAAAUGCUUAAAUUUACUCCAAAUCAACGGAGCACAUCUCACCGGAUCCUUCGAACUGCUUUCUAAAGAGUUGAUGUGGAUUUGUUGGCAUGAAUGUCCUUUGAAAUAUUUUCCAUCAGAUUUUACCUUGGACAAUCUUGUUGUUCUUGACAUGCAGUACAGUAACCUUAAAGAACUAUGGAAGGGAAAAAAGAUUCUCAGCAGGUUAAAAACCCUUAAUCUCAGUCAUUCUCAGGACCUUAUUAAAACACCAAACUUGCACAGUUCAAGUCUAGAGAAACUAAUUCUGAAAGGUUGCUCGAGUUUAGUUGAGGUGCAUCAAUCAAUUGGAAAUUUGACGAGCCUCGUUUUCUUGAAUCUGGAGGGAUGUUGGAGUCUGAAGACUCUCCCUGAAAGCAUUGGUAAUGUAAAGUCUCUUGAAUGUUUGAAUAUUUCUGGGUGUUCACAACUUGAGAAAUUGCCAGAAUGCAUGGGUGAUAUCGAAUCCUUAACCGAGCUGCUAGCUGAUGGGAUUGAAAAUGAUCAAUUUCUCUCUUCAAUUGGACAAUUAAAGCAUGUCAGAAGGUUAUCAUUGGGUGGAUACAGUUCGGCUCCACCAGGUUCUUCUUUGAUUUCAGGAGGUGUUUCGAAUUGGAAACGUUGGCUGCCAACACUCAUUGAAUGGAUAUCAGUGAAAUGUCUUGAGCUUUCUAAUGGUGGUUUGUCUGAUCGCGCAGCUAAGUGUGUUGAUUUCAGUGGUUUGUCCUCUCUAGAAGUAUUGGAUCUAUCAGGAAACAAAUUCUCCAGCCUGCCUUCUGGGAUCGGCUUCCUUCCCAAGCUAGAGAUCUUGAGAGUCCAUUUAUGCGACAAUCUUGUAUCAAUCCCAGAUCUUCCCUCAAGUUUAGACACUUUGGUUGCAUAUCGUUGCAAAUCAUUGGAAAGAGUAAGAAUACCAAUCGAGUCAAAAGAAAAGCUACAUAUAAAUCUAAAUGAAAGUCAUUCGUUAGAAGAGAUUCAGGGCAUUGAUGGUCUAAGUAAUAGUUUCUGGUAUAUUCAUGUUGAUGACCAUAGGCAUUCACCAAAUAAGUUACAGAAGAGUGUUGUUGAGGAAAUGUGCAACGGCCGUCACCGGUAUUUUAUUUCCCCCAUUCCUGGUGAGAUGCCAAAUUGGAUGAGCUACAGGGGAGAAGGAUGCUCAUUGUCAUUCCAUAUACCUCCAGUCUUCCAAGGCUUAGUUCUUUGGGUUGUCUAUCGACCACUUGAGAAGGAUGUUCACAUGAUUAUUAAUAUUAUUAUAAGAAAUAAAAGCAAUGGUAUUCAAUUGUUUGAAGAUGGACGAUGUGUAUCUCGUAGGGAAUGGAUAAGAUACAUAAGUAGAAGUGAAAUGGCAAUGGAAGAUUACUGUGGAGAUGACGACUUGGAACUAUACAUUUCUUCUGUGUUGUACGAUCAUCCAUUCGAACCCGUACACGUUAAAGAAUGUGGGGUCCAUGUGAUCACAGGGAAGUUAGAUUCAUCUGAAGAGGCGGCGGUGGGAAUAGAUAAAGUGAUGCCUUCACCACCGUCAUAUCAUCUGUUUCCUCAUCCUCAUUGUGGUCCAAUCAUAGCGUCUACACCUAAGCAAUGGAGUGACUAUUUAUUUUCGAAACUGCAAGAACAAAGCCUCAGUUUAGCACGUCAAGGUAACUAAGAUUUGUUGAUGUGAAAGAUAGCACUAAGUUUUUGGCAUGACAAUUGGUGAGAAGCAAAAGCAGCAGCAAGCCAUCAGGAUCAUCACCAUCCUGUCGCUUUGCCGUACUGUUUAUCUUCUUGGCAUUGUUCAAAGGAACGCAAAAGGACAUUCCAAGUGUGAAAGUGUAUUAUUGUCCUAAAGUUUUUCAAACUUCCAAUAUAGAGAGUUAAAUAAAGAGCAGGAGCAAAAGGAAACAUCCCCAUCUU